UAGCACCAAUUAAUGUGAACUCUUAUCUUUGAUCUAAUUGAAUUAUAAUUAAUUGUAUACAUAUCAAUAUCCUAACCCUGUUAGGUAGGUAAUGUAGGAGUGCAGCCAUUUCGGCUAUAUUAAUACAAGAUAGGCCAUUUUGAUCCAACCCUGUUAAGUGACUAAACACUGUGUUGUUUACAAGCUGUUAGUUGCUUACCGCGAGUUGAAGGUGAUCUGUAACCAUACUACAAGUGAGAGAUGAAUAUCGUUACAAGACCAACGCAGAAUUCACGUUGUAUAUAUCUUUGCUUCAAAUGGAUCUAUACUAUCUUGUACUACACUGGUUGUCUAUGCUUUCAACUACGCGGCGAAACAUUUCAAUUAACGAAAGCCAAUAUCAUAUACACACAAUUCAUACGAGCAUCUUUAUUAUUUGGUUUUCUCUGUAGCAUGCUACUGAAAUGCUCGGGCAAUGAAGGCUCCAAGGCAAUGCUCGAACGUUUAUCACCGGUUUUGAAAUUAAUACUCGCACUGGAAUGUUUCACCAGCGCGAUGACGUACAUUGCUACCUGCCUAGCAAUGCAGUGGAACAGACACAAACAUCUGCAGUUGACACAACAGUUCAAGGCGCUGGACGCACAAAUGCAAAUCGAUUUCAACUAUAUUAAAUGGAAUUAUCACAAAACAAUGCGUAAAUUUACACCCUUUACGCUGUUUGGCAUGGCUUACUACUAUAUUGUCUCAUUUAUUUAUCUAUUUAAAUUAUCGAACUGCAAUUGCGAUUAUAUAACAACAUUUGUGCUCGCGCUAAGCUAUUCCAGCAUCACUAUUGCGCCAAGUUGUAUAUUUUUUCUGCAUUUGGGCAAAAUGGAUCUGUUGCGUAUACGUUAUCGGCUAAUAAAACGUUUGUUGCAACAACAAUACGCAUUGGCAACGCAUUCGAAGGAACAGCAUAAAUUGGAAUUGCGCAUUUCGCGCCUAAUUGAUUACUGUAAAAGUUAUAUACAACUGAUUUUACAAAUCAACGAUGUGUUUGGCGCGGUGUGUGGUAUUAGUUUGUUUCAUGAUUUCGCUGUGCUUACAAAUAUGACAUUUCUAAUGUGUCAAAAGGCAACGGAAGCAAAUACAAGUGUCGAGGAAUAUUUAUUCAUAUUCCUAUUUAUGUUACCGCGCAUAUAUAAAGUAAUCAUAUAUGCGGUGUAUGGAUAUGUAACGCUGAAGGAACAACGCAGGUGCACACAUGAAGCGAGCAUGUGUGAGAAAUACUUGACUUGCGCCAGCGCCACACGCAAUAAGUUGGCAGCAUUCCUGCACUGGCAAAUGCAGAACACAUAUUCGCUUUUGGUUGGCAAAGUAACGCGUUGUAAUCUCAUAUUGCUUUAUACGACCGUUAAUAGCAUUGCAAGCAGCGUUGUUAUCUUAAUACAAUUACAGUUCCAGCAAAAUAGCAUUAGCAAUCGUAUGAAAAACAAGGAAAUGCUACACGAUGUAGAACUUUUAUAACGGAAAUACUGAAUUUAUUAUUAAUUCAAUCAAUAUUAGUUUGAAAUACAUAAUUUCAAUUAUUAUAUAAAGAAAUUUUUAAUACGAUUCUUUUGUGUUUUAAAAAGUCAUGUGGUUACAUUCAUAAGUAUAAAAAUUAUAAGCAAAUUAUAUAUACGAAUAUAUAUAUAUUUCAUGAAUUGAUAAUUUAA